UUUUCGUCCACCUCUAGUGGCGGCGGUGGCGAUUAAGUUUUGGUAAAGAAAAAAGCGUUUAAGCGCAAUCUUUUAAGAUGACUGAAACUUUUGACAGUCAACCCGAGUCACAAAUUGAAGAGCUACCUCCUUUGGAAGAUCAAAUUUUGCAUGAUUUGGAAGAGCAUGAAACCACGAGAUCGAAAUCUUCCUUAGAACUGGAUCGCGAUGAGACGGCCAGUGUAUUUAGCACAACAACAACAACAACUCGUAGUAAAUCACCAAAUACGCGAAAAUUGAACCGGCUUUGUCGGCGGGCAAAAGCACCGAAAAUUGUUCAACCGCUUUACAAAUACAGCUAUCAUGUUCGCGAGGAUCAUAAUCAUCAAAUCUUUGGAGUGCAAUUUAAUCCAUUUCUGGAUAGAAAUCAAUUAGUCUUUGCCACUGUGGGCAAGGAUCGAGUGUCCAUUUAUGAGUGUGUUAAGCAGAAUCCGACAUCUAGUUCUGAUGAUGAAGAGGAUCAGCCAGAACAUGGAAUACGUCUGCUGCAGGUCUAUGCGGAUCCAGAUACAGACGAAAGUUUUUAUACUUGCGCCUGGUCUUUUGACACCGUUUCCGGUGAUCCAGUGCUGGCCGCUGCCGGUUACCGUGGUGUGAUUCGCAUUUUUAAUCCCCUGAAGCAUCAGUGUAGCAAAAACUAUAUUGGACAUGGUCAUGCCAUUAAUGAGCUGAAAUUUCAUCCAAUAUUACCCCAAUUGCUGCUUUCUGGCAGCAAGGAUCACUCGUUGCGUCUGUGGAACAUUCAAACAGAUGUCUGUGUUGCCGUGUUUGGUGGUGUCGAAGGACAUCGCGAUGAGGUAUUGUCCAUUGAUUUCGAUUUACGUGGGGAUCGAAUUAUGUCCAGCGGCAUGGAUCACUCUUUAAAGUUGUGGCGCCUGGAUAAACCAGAGAUCAAAGAAGCCAUCGCGUUGAGCUCCAAUUUCAAUCCAACUAAAAUGACCGGCCCAUUUCCGACAAUCAAAGAACACUUUCCCGAUUUUUCAACUCGCGAUAUACACCGCAAUUAUGUGGAUUGUGUUCAAUGGUUUGGGGACUUUAUCUUUUCGAAAUCCUGCGAGAAUUCCAUAGUCUGCUGGAAGCCUGGUAAACUAAUGCAUGAGAUUAAAGCGCAGGAUGCCACCACUACCACCACGGUCCUGCAUCAUUUCGAUUACAAGAUGUGCGAAAUUUGGUUUGUUCGCUUUGCCUUUAAUGCCUGGCAAAAGGUUUUGGCUUUGGGCAAUCAAUUGGGCACUACAUUUGUGUGGGAACUCGACUGUAACGAUCCGAACCUAACCAAAUGCAGUCAUUUGAUUCAUCCAAAAUGCAAUUCCACCAUACGGCAAACAUCGUUCUCCAAGGAUGGCUCAAUCCUAAUUUGUGUUUGCGAUGACAGCACUGUCUGGCGUUGGGAUCGUGUAAAUUGAGAAAAUUAAGAAAGGAAACAAGAUCUGAGAUCAUGGACAACUGCAGUAUAUACAUAUAACAAUAGGAAUGUAUUUAAUAUAUAUU